UUUUCGUUGUUGCUGGCUUUUUCAGGGGCUGCUCGUUCGCAGCCAGAGACGCUUCUUUUUUUUCCGGGUUCGGAGCCGUUCCGGAUGCUCUAGGGUGCCGGAUGUCUGAUCUCCGGAUAACUGAGGCGUUUCUGUACAUGGAUUAUCUGAGAAUGUCUGAAUGUAUCCAGAUCUCAUUUGCUGUUUGUAGAAUUGGCAUUUACACGUGUUUUAGAGCACUCUGCUGCAAGGGACCACCGCCCGCACGCCCAGAGUAUGACCUGGUCUGCAUAGGCCUCACGGGCUCUGGCAAGACCAGCCUGCUGUCCAAGCUCUGCAGCGAAAACCCUGACAGCAUCGUGUCAACCACAGGUUUUAGUAUAAAAGCAGUGCCAUUCCAGAAUGCCAUCUUGAAUGUAAAAGAACUUGGAGGGGCUGAUAAUAUCCGGAAAUACUGGAGCCGCUACUACCAAGGAUCUCAAGGGGUAAUAUUUGUAUUAGACAGUGCCUCUUCAGAAGAUGAUUUAGAAACUGCUAGAAAUGAACUGCACUCAGCUCUUCAGCACCCACAGUUAUGCACUUUACCCUUUUUAAUAUUGGCCAAUCAUCAAGACAAGCCAGCUGCUCGAUCAGUACAAGAGGUCAAAAAAUAUUUUGAACUUGAACCACUUGCACGUGGCAAACGCUGGAUUCUGCAGCCCUGCUCCCUGGAUGACAUGGAUGCACUGAAAGACAGCUUCUCUCGGCUGAUAAAUUUGUUAGAAGAAAAAGACCUUGAAGGUGGAAGAAUGUGAGAUCUGGCGAGGAAAUUGGGUUCUCACAAGGCCUUGAACCUAUCAUGUUAGUUUUGCAUUUUAAUUUUAUUUUGGUAUCCAGACUGUAAUGGCUUCAGUAUCUGUUUUCUUCCAGUUAUCUCAGACUCUUAUCUCUCUAUAAAAGUGAAUAUUCUGUAAAUCAGGUGAAUUAUCAUCGGCAUUAACGUCAAGUACACACUACUGAGAGAGAAUUUAUUCUCUGUUUACCACUAAUUAUUUUCACCGCAUGUCUCUUCCUUCUGUUGUUCUAAGCGUCUCUUCUCUUCUCUGUGCUCAAAUGGAUGGCAUUCGUGGCUCAAGGAAAUCGAAUCCCUGAUGGAGGACUCAGGGCGACUGAGAACCUGGGCUCAUUUACCCUGGCCUUGGGGUGGAGUGCUGUGUGACUGGGGCUCCACGUAAUAAGUAUCUCGUCUACAAGAUCUCUUGGGGGUUUUCUUUCAUGUUAUUUUAUUUUUAAGUUUUUUUUGUUUUUGUUUUUGUUUGUUUUGUUUUGUUUUUUGUAUAUGGGCCUUACAGAUUAUGGAAGAAAAAUGAGCACCAAAAACUUCAAUUAAUUACCUUAUCAGAAAGAAAUAUCCUGCCAUAGUAAAUUGACUUUGAAGAUCUUAAAGGCAAGAUGCCUAAUGGGUUUUUUUUUUUUUUAUUAUCAUUAUAUCUGAAGUCUCCUUCAAUCCCCUUUUUCAGAGCAAAGACAUUGUUUUAGUUUUUGAGAACAGUCAGAAGAAAUUCAGACACAAUGCACCUGUCACUGAUUACUAUUUCAUCAAGUCCUCCAAUAUUUUUUAAUAGAAAAAUUACCCAACAUAAAGUCAAGCUGCAACAUAAUAGGUUUCUUAAAGCCUUUUUCUAAAACUCUUAUGUCUGAUUGAAAUAGAGGAAAUAAUUUUUUAAGUGAAAAUUUUUUUAAAAAACAGCCAACUGAAGCUGGCUAGUGUUUAAGCUCGCGUGGGGUUGACAAGAGAUGACAAAGGCAGAAUCAUCUGUACAUUCAUUCAGUAAGUGCUAAUACAGUCUAAUGGAGUCUGUUAAUGUCUCCAUCUAGUAAUUAAAGGUCUAUCAGUAUUUCUAUUAUAAACCCCUAUUUUCAGGGGUUUCAACGUACCCUUAAACAUGUGCUGGGGCUGCGGCAAAUAAAUAAUUUUAGGGCCUAGAUUCAGUCUUUGGAACUAAUUUUUUUUCCACUUAAUUUAAAUGAUAAAAUUAUGCAGAGAUCAAUGUACAGUUUUACUAAGUUUUGGCACAUUUGACCUUUUCUAAAUCAGAACUAAUCUAUGGAUGUUGAGGUUAACGGAUGAAAUACUCUUUGGCACAUUUUGUAGAUUUUUGGCCACUUAAAUACCAAGUGCCCAAAUGAUAGAAAACUGCUCCCUUCACCUGAGCAAUAAAAACAUGUUUGUAAUUUUUAGGUAGCAUAGACUAAUUCCCAAAUGCUGCAGACUCGCACUAUAUUACAGGGUGAUAUGAUGUAAUACCUUGCCAUUCUCCAGAUAAUGUAUGUCAUUCAAAUAUAGCUUUUGUGGUUUAAUCUGGUAAGUGGAUCUUAAUGAAAUCAUUACCUUUGAAACAUCGAACCCUUCUUUUAAGCUUUUUUUUUUUUAAUGCAAUGGAUCAAAAAAGAUUCACAUUCGAUUUUUGUCUACAACGUCCUUGAAUAUUUUUAGCAUUGUGUAAUCUAUGAGCAGCACAAAAGUUUUAUUCUGAUGACCACUCACACAAUUUCUGCUUUUAUUUUGUCCUGUUGUGCACCUCUUUUAUGAAAAAUAAAUGAUUAUUAGGCAUUGCUCUCUCUGCAAGUUCAUUAAAUCUAGAAUGUUGUCUUUUUAAGAUACCGUGGCUGAGUGCUCCUAAGCCAUCUGUUAAAUGACUUCCCGUUGUCUGUGUGUGUGUUCAUGUGUGCGCCAGGGAUGGGCUUCUCCUCAGACCCACGACUGUCUGCAGUGUCUCAGCCGUCAGAAUGAAAACAUUAUCAAUCAGUACCCAACAACAGCUGUUUUUGACAAGUUUCUGUCUGACGCCUAAUGCUUUACAACUGUCAAUAAGGCUCCUUCUUUGUCUAGCAGUUCAGAGCUCGCCGGCUUGCUGCUUCCGUGCAGCAUCCUGUCCUUGUAACCCUAGAAUGUGCCGUGUUUUGGAGAUCCACAUGGGGGGGAAGG